GUGUUACCGUUGUGUGCGCUGCAGCAUGCCAGCCCGAUUAUCGUGCUAAUCAGCCCACCGAGCCCACGAGACCAUGGACGACGGCGACGCGAUACCACUGUCUCAAGUGUAUGUGCAUAACUACCUGCACCUCCUCGGCAUUGUCAUACUAUUCUAUGACCACGCGAUCACAUUCGAUGGCGAGUUUUGGCGCGUGUGGCGAACUCCACGCUCUGGUGCCUCCAUUCUCUUCUUCGUCAAUCGCUACUUUGCGUUCUUCUCGAACAUAGCCAUUACUGCGGGCAACUUCGCCUUAUUCCAAACUAUCCAAGGCUGCGCGCAUUACGCGUUCUACCGACAGUUGAGCUUGAUCGUCGCACAAGUCAUUGUUGCGGUUAUCCAGUUCCUGAGAACCUAUGCACUCUACGGACGCGACCGCCGGAUAGUGAUCGCUGUACUUUCCGUCGCAGCAAUCCUCUUAUCCCUCUCAAUUUGGGCUGUCGUAGGCCAAACGUCCACAUACACGCUUGCACAAGGAUGCCAUGCAGCAUCUUCCCGAACAUCAGCUAUCCAUAUCGCCGUCGCAUGGGAAGCCCUGUUCAUCUGGGAUCUCAUGAUCUUUUCUUUAACUUUCUUCAAGUCUAUCCAAAACCGUGGUCAGUACGCAGGCGGACGUAAUGACCUCGUCAGUUUGAUGAUUCGAGACGGAGCGAUAUAUUUCGGGGUGAUGGCGUGUGCUCAGUGCUCGAAUACGUUGACCUUCUACCUCUCUCCGCCGGCACUUCGUGGCUGCCUGUCGACUUUUGCAAGCAACAUGUCCGUAACAAUGAUGUCCCGUCUCAUGCUCAACCUCCACCGCACUACAAUGAACGGGUCGCGCAACUACGACGCGACGACGACAGAGUUCGGGAGUGUCAUGUCGACGAACAUGCGCUUCACGUCGCGUUUCGGAACGACGAAUGUACAUACAAAUGGUGCACACGAAGAGGACGCACCAUCCAACAGUCGUAGUGCGGGAGGGAGCAGUGUCACCGCAGCCACGAGCGAGGAUUACGAGAUGCGCGACAUGCGGACGUUGACAUGACGCUUGCAUAUUUCAGUCUUCAUGUACUGUAAUACCAAAAUACCUGUAGCAUCUCAGAUGAAUG